AGCACAGUUCGGUACGUACCAUAAUACGUACUGUACAGUACUACUAGAAGUAUUCUCUGGCUCGUACGUAAAGUACGAUGUACUACGUAAUCGUUUAAUCGUACUACGAACUUCGUCUAGAAACCAAAAAGAGUUUCGCGUCGUACGGGACGGUAUGAGUUAUGAGUACUAAUUUUAGUAGCAUAUGAAAAGUAUGAUCCUACAUGGAUGGGUCAUAAUUAUGAUCAUGACCCUUGCUUCCACUAACUUGCAGGAAAACUCGAUGUCCGAGACUCCACUCUGCACUCUCAUCACCGGUAWUCUUUUUUGUUUUUGGGAAUUACGCGAAGGCUGGCCGUAAAGUACUGUACUAAUCGUACUUUCUCAGUACGGUAGUAGAAGCAGGGGUCUUAAAUUUUAUGACCCCUGAGUAGAAGUAAGUAGUAACCUAUGCUAAGAUGAACAAAUGCUCGUCGUACUUGUACCGUAAAAUAAAAAUCAGUAAUCAGUAAAUUACAUGGAUGGCGAAAAUUCUGACGGCUUUGUUGCUGACACGAGUAGGACAAAUCGGAAGGCGAAACAAUCGGCAAUCGGCAAUCGGCAAUCGACCACCGACAAUCCACAAUUGACAGCAUUUGUGUUCUUCCUGGUUUUCGCUGCUCCUUAUUUCAAACAAAGCCUCGCAAUCCAACGACAAAGUCAUAAAAAGUGCAACUCCAUCGAUCAAGCAUCGGGAUCACGAACUGUUCAACAAAAAGAAUGUCACGACGGAGGCAAACCAAAAACACGGGAUCGAUGGCGGCGUGGAAGUCGCUGCUGGUGCUCUGUUGCGUGGUGCUGGCCUCGCUUGUUCCGGGAUGCAUCGGUCAGGGGGAAUCCAAGGAACAAAUCUUCGCUAGACUUGCCAAGGAUAUGCAGGACAAUCCCCGCGAUGCCUCGGCUCGGUACCUGAUGGCCCAGUUCCUUAUGAUGUACCGGGGAAUGGAAAGCGGCGUUGAGCUCUUGAUGUCCUCCUUCGAUGCAAACCAGGUCGACACGGCAUUGGGGAUGCAGAACCCGGUGCAGGGAUUCAUCGCCUCGAAUUUUCUGACCCGCUACCAUCAGGAAUGGCAYAACCACGAGGCUAAAAACUUCUUCGCAAACAUGGCGUACUUCCUGUCCAGGCAAAUGUCGGGAGAAAUGGACAUCGCCGAGAUGUGCACCCAGGUACACCUGGCGACGAUGCUGAAUUCGUAUCCCCUGACGAACGAGGAAGUCGACGAGUCCGCCGCGCACAUGGAGGAGUGGUCCAAGAAGCUCCUCGACAUCUUCGACAAGAAGCACCCCAACGCCCAACUCGACGAGGAAUUUAUGUCCCAAAACGUCCUCGGCUUUGCCGGGGACCCGUACGUCCACUGCAUGCUGACCCUGUUCCCCCUUAGUUUCAUGUACCGCGCCGAUGUGGCCAAGCUCGCCAACCUCAACUUCGAGGUGGGGGUCAGGGUCUGGCCCAAGCUCCUCCACACCGCCGAGCACGUCCGGAAGUACGAAGAGGAGCAAAAGCUGGCAUCCAGGGACACAAACGGCGGCCUUCCCUCCCAAAAGUGCAUCGACGGGAAAAUCAAGCUCGGCAUUGUCAGCGCGACCCUCAGCCGUGGCCACUCGGUCGCGGAAGACUUUGGGGGAGUCAUCCAGCGCCUCGACCGCAACGUUUUUGACGUCACGUUCGUCUACAUUCACGAAAAAUCGGACCCCGGGGACGAAGACGAUUUCGUUACGGCCAACCCGGAGGACAAGCUAAUCCACUACCAAAAGCUGGAUGGGACAGACAAUCGCGACGGCGCCUGGCCCCGGCGCAUCGGGAAGGAUAUCGAGGAACUCAAAUUCGACAUGAUCUUCUAUCCGGAGCUGACCAUGUCGUCCAUUGUGCGACGGCUGGGCAUGGAACGGCUGGCUCCGGUUCAGAUCAACAGCCACGGCCACCCCGUGACCUCCGGCCACCCCCGGGAAAUUGUCCAGCACUUUGUCAGCUGGGCCGAGGCGGAACUUCCCCUGGAGCAGAGCCAAACCCACUAUACGGAGGAACUGCAGCUCAUUCCCAAGGGGAAGAUCCACCAGUACUAUACACCGCGGGUCGAGACGGGGCCCAAGGGAAAGCGCAUCAGCCGCAUGACGCAGAUGCCCUUCGACCACUAUACCAGAAAGGACUAUCCCGAGUUCUCGGACGCCAUCCAAAACAGCACCCCCGAGGACGACGACAUCCAUCUGUACGUGUGCAUGCAGAAACCCUUCAAGCUCUUUCCGGAAUUCGACGAGCUCGUGUGCGGGAUUCUACAGAAAGACCCGAUGGGCCACGCCGUCCUCCACAAGGAGGAUAUGAAGGGCAACACGGGUAUAUUCGAAAAGCGCAUGAGGGCCGCCGGGUGCGACAUGGACCGGGUUCACUUCCUCCCUACCCAGCCCCCACACAAGCUCCUGGCGCUGUACGAUACGGCCAGCGUCAUCAUCGAUUCGUACCCCGCCGGGGGCUGCACGACGACCCGAGAGGCCCUGGAGCUGGGCAAGGCCGUCGUGACGUGGCCGGCCCGCCUGCUGGGGGGACGGUGGACCCUGGGACUGUACCACACCAUCGGGCUGGACGAGGAUGCGAGGAACCGCCUGGUGGCGGAUUCCAAGGAGGAUUACAUUUCCAAGGCGGUGGAACUCGGGACCAACCGUUCCCUCCGCAAGUCCGUCGAGUCCAGCAUUUUGGAGGCCGUCCCGACCCUCUUUGGCCGGUACGAGGCCGUCGAGGAAUGGGAAAAGAUCCUGAAGCGCGUCAGCCCCGUCAAGCAAUGCAGCGACGGCAGUGGUGGGGAGCGAGACGAGCUGUAGACCAAUUCUAUCCAAUCCUCAAACACACUCGAUGUUGGUUUGCUUCUUGAAAUACUAUAGCCAUAUAAAAAACUUCACCAGGAGUAAAAAAGACAGCAGCACUUCAAAAAUUAAUAACUCAAGUUUGACAGA